AUGUCCGAAGUUGUCAAGACUCCAGGUGGUGUCUUGAGAGCUCAACACUUGAAGAAGUCUGGUACCAGACCUAAGUGUGGUGACUGUGGUGUUGCCCUUUCUGGUAUCUCUUCUUUGAGACCAAGAGAGUACGCUUCCGUGUCCAAGACCCACAAGACCGUUUCUAGAUCUUACGGUGGUUCCAGAUGUGCCAACUGUGUCAAGGAGAGAAUUGUCAGAGCUUUCUUGAUUGAGGAGCAGAAGAUCGUUAAGAAGGUUUUGAAGGACCAGGCCGAGAAGGCCAAGUCCAGCGACAAAUCCAAGAAAUAA